CCUCCUUUCCUGGCUCAGUCGCACAUCGGCGCGGUGACUGCCGGAAGCAAUUCCGCGAGGGUUGCCGGGAUCUUGAUGAUGUGGCCCCCCCUUCCCCCUCCCCGUCCCGGGAUGUCGGAAGAAACCCGAGAGAGCAAACUGGCUGCGGCCAAGAAGAAGUUGAGGGAAUAUCAGCAAAAGAACAGCCCUGGUAUUCCUGCAGGAGCGAAGAAGAAAAGGAAGAUCAAACAUGGGAGUAGUCCAGAGACAACCACCUCUGAUGGUUGUCACUCUCCCGAGGAGAUUCAGGACAUCCUGAAGGUGCUGGUGUCCGACCUUAACCGCUCCAAUGGGGUAGCGCUCCCCCCAUUGGACAAGUGGCAGGCGCCCAAAGACCGCGCCGCUCCUGCCGCACCAACUGUUGAUGACACCGUGUCACCUGAUGGUGUCCCUCCCCGCUGUGCUAGUCCCCCCUGUGUCACUAGCAUGGCGUCAGUUCAGAGUCAUGAUGCAGAAAAUGGCCCUUUCCUCAUGGAUGAAAGCAAAUGUGUGUCAUCUACCGAGAGCCUGCGACAGCUAUCUCAGCAGCUCAAUGGUCUUGUGUCUGAGUCUUCAUCCUACAUCAAUGGAGAGGGCCUGGCAUCAUCAGCUAAUAUGAAGGAUCUGGAGAGCCGGUACCAAGAGCUAUCACUAGCCCUGGAUUCCAGCAAUCUAACAAACAAACAACUCAGUAGCAAGAUAGAGGAAUUGAAACAGCAGAACCAGGAAACUUUGGAUCAACUGGAAAAAGAGAAGAAGGAGUUUGAGCAGAAGCUUGCAAAGGAACAGGGCUCUCUAAGGGAGCAGCUGCAGGUUCACAUUCAGACCAUAGGAAUUCUCGUGUCUGAGAAAACUGAUUUACAGACAGCCCUGGCCCAUACACAGCAGGCGGCCAGGCAGAAAGCAGGAGAGUCUGAAGAUCUUGCUAGUCGCCUGCAGUCCUCCCGCCAGCGCGUUGGAGAACUGGAGCGCACCCUGUCUGCUGUCUCCACACAGCAGAAACAGACGGACAGGCACAACAAAGACUUAACCAAAGAGCGAGAUGCCCUGAAGCUGGAGUUAUACAAAAACAACAAAAACAACGAGGACCUGACGCAGCAGAACUCGGAACUGGACGAGAAGCUUCGAGUGUUGGUAAAUGAGAAGGCGGGCAUGCAGCUCAGGAUGGAGGAGCUGCAGAAGAAACUGGAGAUGUCGGAGCUCCUGCUGCAGCAGUUUUCUAGUCAAUCGAAAACCCCUGAUAGCAGCCAGGAGUUACAGCAGGCCCUGAAAGACCGGGCACAGCUGGAGGCCCAUGUGGGGCAGCUGAAAGAUUCACUGAAGCAACUGCAACUGGAGAGAGACCGGUAUGCAGAGAAUCUGAAGGAGGAUAAUGCCAUUUGGCAGCAGAGGAUGAAGCAGAUGUCUGAACAGAUGCACAAAUUGAGGGAGGAGAAGGAGCACAGCGUGAGUCAGGUGCAGGAAUUGGAGGCCAGUGUGGCCAAACUGAAGAACCAGAUAGCGGUGCCCCCAGUUCCGGAGCCCCCAGCCGGGCCCUCGGAGGAGGAGCAGCGGCUCCAUGAAGAGGCUGAGCAACUGCAGAAGGAACUGGAGAUCCUGGCGGGGCAGCUGCAGGCCCAGGUGAAAGACAACGAAGGUCUGAGUCGCCUGAACCAGGAGCAGGAGCAGCGGCUGCUGCAGUUGGAGCGCGCUGCCAAGUGCUGGGGCGAGCAGGCCGAGGAGCACAAGCAGAUCCUGGAGACCAUGCAGAAUGAUCGCACCACCAUCAGCCGCGCGCUCUCCCAGAACCGCGAGCUCAAGGAGCAGCUGGCCGAGCUGCAGAACAGCUUUGUCAGGCUGUCCAACGAGAACAUGGAGGUUACCACUGCGCUGCAGUCGGAGCAGCAUGUCAAGAACGAGCUGGCCAAGAAGCUGGGCCAGCUGCAGGAGAAGCUGGGGGAGCUGAAGGAGACGGUGGAGCUGAAGAGCCGGGAGGCCGAGAGCCUGCAGCAGCAGCGGGACCAGUACGUGAGCCACCUGCAACAGUAUGUGGCUGCCUAUCAGCAGCACGUGGCCGCCUACCAGCAGUUGGCUUCCGACAAGGAGUUGCUGCACAAGCAGGUCCUGCUGCAGACCCAGCUCAUGGACCGGCUGCAGCAGGAGGAUGUUCAGGUCAAGGUGGCGGCCACGAAGGCCCGCCAAGAGUUAGAGGAGACCCAGGGACGCCUGGAAGCUGCCACCCAGCAGAACCAGCAGCUCCAGGCCCAGCUGAGCCUCAUGGCUAUGCCUGGGGAAGGAGACGAACUGGACAGUGAGGAGAAGGACGAGGAGGCUGCCCGGCCCAAGCUGAGCAUGCCGGAGGGCCUGGAGAGCCGAGAGGCCAUGGUGGAAUUUUUUAACUCGGCCCUAGCCGGUGCCGAGGAGGAGCAGGCCCGGCUGCGCGGGCAGCUGAAGGACCAAAGGCUGCGCUGCCAACGCCUGGCUCACCUGGUGGCCCCGGGCCCGCGCGCGCCGGAGGAGAUGGCCGUGGCCCCCGGGAGCGGGGGCGAGAGUGUGCCUGGGGAGACCCACCAGGCCCUCCAGGCGGCCAUGGACAAGCUGCAGAGCCGAUUUAUGGAGCUCAUGCAGGAGAAAGUGGAGCUGAAGGAGCGGGUGGAAGAGCUGGAGCAUCGCUGCAUCCAGCUUUCUGGAGAGACGGACACUAUUGGAGAGUAUAUAGCCCUUUACCAGAGUCAGAGGGCACUGCUCAAGGAGCGGCACCGGGAGAAGGAGGAGUACAUUAGCCGGCUGGCUCAAGACAAGGAGGAGAUGAAGGUCAAACUGCUGGAGCUGCAGGAGCUGGUGCUCCGCCUGGUACGCGAGCGCAAUGAGUGGCAGGGCAAGUUCCUGGCCACUGUCCAGAACCCUGCUGGGGACCCCACUGGAGCGCCCCCAGCCCGAGAGCUUGGCAAUGCCAAUGGCCAGGGUGAUCUUCAAGAGGUGAGCCUGGCCGACAAUGAUGGUGUGGCACCUCUCCAGGGAGAGGCCCUGGUGGGCCGCAGUGCCCCUGCAAACCCCACCACACAGCAGAUCAUGCAGCUGCUGCAUGAGAUCCAGAACCCCCAGGAAUGCCCAGGCUUGGGCAACAACCCCUGCAUCCCCUUCUUCUACCGGGCUGAUGACAAUGACGAGGUGAAGAUCAUGGUGAUCUAAGCACCUGUCACCAACAAGCAAAAUCUGAAGAAAUGGGGCCGGGGGCUCUGCCCCCACCCUCUCCCUACCACCCUAUCAUUCCUUCCCAGUUGCCCUUUUCUCCCUACGCUAGCAAGAUAGAACCCCUAAAGGGGUAUGAUAAGCCCCCUAAUGGGGGGAGACAAAUCGGUGCAGACCCACUUGCCACCUUGGCAAGAGCUGUAUCUUUAUAUCUGGACUAUUCAUG